AUGACUGAUCUCAGAUUAUUGCACCAUUUUUUGGGUUUAGGUGUGAUACAAGCUGAGUCCUACAUCUUCUUGCAUCAGAAAAAAUAUGCAAGAACAUUAUUGGACAAGUUUGGUUUCAAAGAUUGUAAAGCGGUUGCAACUCCACUUGCUAUGAAUGAGAAAUUAUCAAAGAAGGAUGGAAGUGAACAGGCUGAUGAAAAGGUGUACAGACAGAUAGUUGGAAGCUUAUUGUAUCUAACAACAACAAGGCUAGAUAUCAUGUUUGCUGCAAGUCUCUUAGCUAGAUAUAUGCAUGGACCUACAAGGAAGCAUAUGGGGACUGCCAAGAGAGUACUUAGAUACAUUCAAGGUACUCUUGACUAUGGCAUAGCAUAUGAGAAGGGAAAAGAAGCAAUGCUUGUUGGAUAUUGUGAUAGUGAUUGGUCAGGAUGUGAAGAUGAUAUGAGGAGUACUUCUGGCUAUGCUUUCCAUCUUGGAUCAGGUGUUUUCUCUUGGGCAUCAGUCAAGCAAAGCAGUGUAGCUCUAUCCACAGCAGAGGAUAUAUUAGUGUAG